UACACAAAAAGCGUGCCUAGAGGGUAGAGGCAGACGACGAGAAAAAGAAAGCAGAAUGUCCUUGAAGCCUGUCCAAGCGCGUACCGCCGGGCGAUGCCACCUCUUGCCGUUGCUCCUGCUGCAUCUCGUUCCCGCCGUCCUCCUUCUGCUGCUUUCGUCCUCGGCGUCGGCGUCGGCGUCGACGGUGGUCACCCACCUGCCAGGAUUCGAUGGCCCUCUGCCUUUCUACCUUGAAACAGGGUACGUGAGCGUGGAGGAGGACACCGGGACGGAGCUCUUCUACUACUUCGUCGAGUCGGAGCGGAGCGUCAGCACGGACCCCCUGAUCCUCUGGCUGACGGGCGGGCCCCGCUGCACCGUCUUCAGCGGCCUCGCCUUCGAAGUUGGUCCCGUGAAGUUUGUGUUGGCACCGUAUAGUGGUGGUCUGCCGCAGUUGGUAUAUAACCCGCUAUCAUGGACCAAGAUGGCAAGCAUCCUCUUCUUGGAUUCGCCCGUCGGCUCAGGUUUCUCGUAUGCGCGUGAUCCCAAAGCUUAUGAUGUCGGAGACUACUCCUCUUCUCUGCAAGUCCAAACAUUUCUGAAUAAGUGGUUCAUUGAUCACCCGCAGUACCUUUCAAAUCCUUUCUACCUUGGAGGAGAUUCAUAUGCUGGCAUGGUGAUCCCACUUAUCGCACAGUAUAUUUCAGAAGGAAUUGAGAAAAGGCAGCAGCCUCUGAUUAAUCUCAAGGGCUAUCUAGUUGGCAACCCUAAAACAGACCCAAAGUUUGAUAUAAAUUUUAGAAUUCCAAGUGCUCAUGGCUUUGGAAUAAUAUCUGAUCAAAUAUACGAGGAUGCAAUGAAGAGCUGUAAAGGGGAUUACGUAAACCCAACGAAUCAAUUGUGUGCUGGAGUGCUGCGUAAAAUCGAAAAUCUUAUUUCUGAAAUUGCAGAUGCACACAUUUUGUACAAAAAAUGUGUCGUCGCUGUGCCUAAACCGUUUGACGAUGCUUCACGAAGAAAGUUUCUGAUGGAAGAAUCUAUUAAGAUAAAUGCAGCGCCUGGCCGACCCUCUUUAGAUUGUUUUACAUACGGUUACUACCUUGCAUAUUUCUGGAUGAACGACAACUUGACUAGAAAUUCUCUCGGGGUCAAGGAGGGAACAACCAGUGAGUGGAUAAGGUGCAUCAAAGGACUUCCCUACACAUUUGAUAUGCCAAGCAGCAUACCGUACCAUCUCAACCUUACCACAAGAGGUUACCGUGUACUUGUAUACAGUGGUGACCAUGAUCUAGAGGUGCCAUUGCUCGGGACACAGGCGUGGAUCAGAUCCUUGAACUUCCCCAUCGUCGAUGACUGGAGGGCAUGGCAUCUCGAUGGCCAAGCUGCAGGAUUUACGAUAGCAUACGCAAACAACUUGACAUUUGCAACCAUAAAGGGUGGUGGUCAUACUGCUCCAGAGUACCAGCCUGAAGAAUGCUUUGCCAUGGCCCAACGGUGGCUGAACAAUGAGCCUCUUUGACGCCUCUGCUUCGAUCGCUUCAGGGUUCAGAUAUCCCAACAACUUUUGAAGCAUCAACUAGCUAACAGUCUCAUGAUCCAGCAAGCGCAAGACAUGUCUUAGGCUGAAUGACAUCAUCAUAAGGGGGUACCAUGACACACAUUUAUGUUCAAGAAAAAAAUGCAGAGCCGAUGUACCGCACCAUAUAUUCUACCAGGCAACACCAUUUAUUUGAAAAUGCUGGAAAAUUAUGGGUCUUUUUACGUACAUCAAAUGGAUUUGGACAGCUUAUUUUGGCAGUUCUAACGAGAUGCGAAAUGCUACACCAAAUUUCGUGUAUAUUUCAGCAUGAUGGGGUAUUGCAAGAAUUACACAUAGCCCACUUCGGUUAACAUUUACACAUCCCACACUGGAUUGACUCGCUGUACGAGAGGAUCUACUCCGGUGCCAGGUUCCACGAGCCCAACACCAACCUCUUCUGCAAGUGCAUGGAGCUCGUCGAGAAGUCCCUCGUCAAGAUGGGUGAGACCCCCAAAUCCACGAGAUGUUCUCAUCAAAAGCUCCACUUGGAUCGCCAAUGGCUACUCCAGAAUUUCGUCAAACGAAGGAGAGCCCUACAAGAGCAUCAAUCCUCAUGAGGCUGCCGCCGUCCAGGCUGCCAUCCAUAGUGGCGAGGGGAACCAGAAGUUACAAGAACCUUCUGCUGAUCAGUUCUGCACUACCCCCGCUCGGGUUGAAGAUAAACGAAGGGGUGGGCUACACAUCUUUAUUUACGUCCACCUGGAGUAUAUAAAAGCGUACCAUGUAACUUGUAUAUGCAAUAUGUUUAAGCCCAAAAUACGAGAGCAUUUCAAUAUAAAUAAGUUAGUUGGCUGUGUU